CUACAAGUUUGGAAGAAUUCAUGUGAUGUUUAGGAUGCAAAUUGGUAUCGAUUUGACUAAUCUUAGCUCGCCUACGGCAGUAUGUGUGCGUGAUUUAGUUCACAUCCAUCCAGGGUAGGCGUUUACUAUAAAAGCCGCACGAAUCAGGAAGCGAAAGUUUUAAAACAGCAUCAUUCCAUCGGUGGGGCUGGUUGAGCAUCGUAGGUUUCAGAUACAUUUUUCAGAAAUGUCAUCAUUUUCAUUUUUUCGAAUGUUAAAGAAAAGAAAAGAGCUUAUCCCAAUCAUCGGAAUUAUGUCAUUUGCAUCAAUUGGCGGCAUAAGUGCUAUGAUCUACGCUUUGAUUUCCAAGAGCGAUGUAAUUAUUAAUAAGACUGGCAAUCCAGAACCAUGGGAGAAUAUUGAUCCAACAAAGUCACAGAAGUUACUGACUUUCACCCAGCAAUGGAAGCCAGUUGAAGAAGUACAGAUUAUAAAGCAGCUAACCAAGUGAGGGAGUUAUUCAUCAUCUUCACCAUACCAUGUCUCAUUGGUCUGCACUCUAUAAAGCUAGCGGAAUCACUUCUGCACAAACUUGACUAUAUAAACCAGUGUGCGGAAAUGCUUCUACUACAUUUUUAGGGUUUGAUCACAGAUUUUUUGUGUUACUGGAUUUUGCUUUGGAACUGCAGCCUGAAUGGACUUAACAGCAUUCUGUGCAUGGUUUAUAAAGGUAGAGAUUUAUGGAGUGUACUCAACGUACUGUAGUAUUUGCAUUGUAAGUUGUAAUAAUUUGAAUUUUAUGUAAAUAUUGAGUGGUUAUUUUAUUGUAAAAUAAAGUAUAUGCUUUCCAAACUA